AUGCCGUCGAAUCUAGGAUUUCGUAUCGAUUUAUCGUGCUCAAUUCAGCCGCCAUUUGAUCCACAGAUGACUCGUGCCACUGAGCAACUCCUGCUGCCGCCAAUUCUUCCGUUGGACCGCGAGUUGUGCGUGGCGAUGAAUAGGAUCGAGCAAUUGAUGACCGAGAUUCGCACCUAUGAAACAUACGAGACGACGAUCGAACGAAUGGAGAAACGAUUGACGGAGACAAUGAAACACUUGAACGCACGAAUUCGAGAGGUAUCAGAUCAGAUAAAAGAAUUGGAACGGGAAUGGAUAUCCGAAUUGAAUGCCCAUGAAAAAAGGAUCAAGAAGCGACGAGUACAACUGAAGCGGCUCGGUGAACAGGAACAGAAAAACGGGACCAGUACUGAAGGCAAAAACAAGAGGGUGCACAACGAUGUGAAGAAAAAAGACAAAGAGACGGAAGUUUGCGGUGUGUGCGAUGUUGCCGACAAUUACCAAAAAUUGAUCUCGUCUCUCGGUUCGGCGGUGUCAGCUCUCGAUGAUUUGAUUCAUUUUCCGGAAGUUUUUGGAGGAAAGGACCAGACUGAAGUGUGCGCAAUUCGGGCUUCACUCAACGAUUUUCUCACUCGUUUAAGGGGACAGUUGGAAGGUCAAAGAGUGGUUGCAUCUUCCCACAUCUCAUCGACAAGCGCUCCAAAAGCUGCAAUACAAUCCGAUCAGGAUCCAUUCUACACGAGCCCUCUGAUACCUGCCUCAAUGAUAAUGUCCAGGUCUUCAUCGUCGACGAAUCUUUCUCCCGCAGUUGCAGCAAACAAAAACACCACUUCGACCUCAUUAAUAUCUGGGUCCAACUUGGUCUCUCUUGAUGUUUCGAAGAGAUCUAACGACGAGCAGACAGACGCUACUCAGGCUUUGACUUUUGCAGCAAAUCCCUCUCCUACUUCAACGACGCCUCUAGCAACACCCCCACCAACACCUGCUACGACAUCUACUCCGGUAUCGGCAGUUGUUUUGAAGCGCAACAGUCCCACCGAGUCGGCCUAUGUCAACCUUCCGAAACCAGAUAAGGGCGGUGAGAGCAUCCAACUUCUGCCUACUCUAAAUAAAAGCUCGCCUACAACGAGUGCUGAGGGAAACAAGGAUUCGAAACAAAGCGGCAACGACAAUUCAACUCUUCCCGAGCCACAACAAGAAGCAUCGAAGAAAGAG